UGCUAUUUAUGUUCUCCAUCUACGUUUACUACGUUUGGCGGCCUAUCUUUGCUUGGCCUCUCACGAUCCCAUUUUCCUCCUAUCCUAUUUUUUGGCCUCAGUUCUGGCCUCAACCGCACGAGCCACUCAGUCACGAGUCUCACGAGAACAUUACGCAUAUCAUAACGUAUGCUCACGUACGACAUGUAUCAUGCAUGCAUGUAUUGGGAUACGCUUGCCGUCCUUUUUGUCCAGGGAGCUUUCCUUGAACCAUCCGUGUUCUAUUUCCUGGAAUUUUCUGGGUUUCUCUCUAUCUCGGAUCUUGGAGACUGUCCUUUUUCGACAGCUUAGUUUUCAAUAUCCCGUCUUCCUUUUUUUUCAUUGUUCUUCAUUUCUUUCAUAUUGUUUUCUCUUCCAUUUCGUGCGUUUCAGCUUCUACAGGUUUGUUCAUCUGCUCCUUUCUUUCAUAUUUAUCUUUGUGAUCUCCUUUUAUUUCACUUCUCACUUCUCGUUUCAACCCCAGACGUUUAAUAUCACUUGGUUUCCUUUAUAUUCUUGGUAUUUCUCUCUACUUUCCCAAGGGACGGCGGCGCAGGUCGGGGCUGCGGUAAUGCAAAAUAGCACACGCAGAUCAGCCAAGGAAGGUUGGUUGGUUUGCUGGUUGGACAGUGAACAUAAUUUUUCGCGUUUUUGGCGUUGUACAGGUGUUUCUCGUCAACUUUUAAUUUAUAUUUUCGCAUGCUUGGGAUGAGAUAUCAAGCUUAUAUGAAUGCAUCACGUUAUUUUCAAA